UGAGGCAGAGCGUACUGUACGAGUAUAGUAUGCUCUACCUCUGUGUGUGCGCGUCUGCGCUCCAGACUGUUGCAAUUUGCAAGACAAUGCAAAAUGCAAAUGGAAAAACCCCACCACAGCUCCCACUUUGUCCCCUUGAAUCCCCCGAUCCUCCGCUAUGGUGCAUCCGCAUGGCGGAUCGCAACAUCCGCCGGACGGGCGACGGGCGUGACUACCAGUACAUACAUUAGAUUGAAGGGCACGGCAUGCGUUUAUUACUCCCUCCAGCCCACCAAGACCGCCCAGUAUCUCAUUGUGUUAUUAAUUUCCUCCAUGAGUAAGGCUUUCUGCGACUCCAUUCUCAACGGGCAAUCCGGCAGUAGAUUGCAUCCCGUCUCAGCCCUGAAGAAAGUUGUGGAGACAAUUAGGAACGUCAAAAUGUUUGGUAUACGGAGUACAUUUACACCGAUUUGCUUGUUCCAGGCCGGCGGCUUCAGGGUGCAAGAAUGGUGGCCGCCAUCUAGCCUUAAGCCAUGUUGGCUGCACUGCCUGCGGUUUAUCCAUCUUGCUGGAACGUCAGGGGUCGGCCGCGCGCCUUUGGGCCAGGAAGAAGGGCCGAAGAGCACGCAGCGGACUAACAAACGGCAUCAUCGAAGCUCUAUUCUCGAAAAAUGACAAUUAUGACCCAGGCUUCCACUCUUGCGGCCGGCAACGGGUGUCA